UGCAGAGAGAAGGCGCGAGAGAGAGAGACCAGGCACGAUGGAGAUGUACAGCAAGGCAGAGACUCUGGAGCUGCGGAGGAAGCACAUCGGGCCCUCGUGCAAGGUCUUCUUUGCUAAGGACCCCAUUAAGAUUGUGUGUGCCCGUGGGCAGUAUAUGUUUGAUGAGAAUGGAGGAAAAUACUUGGACUGCAUUAACAACGUAGCACAUGUUGGACACAGCCAUCCAGAUGUGACCAAGGCUGCAGUGAAACAGAUGGAAUUACUCAACACCAAUUCUCGCUUCUUGCACGACAAUCUGGUCCAGUAUGCCAAGCGUCUCACUGCGACCCUCCCAGAGCCUCUCUCUGUUUGCUACUUCGUGAACUCUGGAUCUGAAGCAAAUGACCUCGCUUUGCGCUUGGCUCGUCAAUACAGGGGCCACCAAGACGUGAUUACACUUGACCAUGCUUAUCAUGGCCAUGUUACAUCGCUGAUUGACAUCAGUCCAUAUAAAUUUAAUCAACUGGGGAAAGAGGCCAAAAAGGAAUUUGUACAUGUGGCUCCUUCACCAGAUACAUACAGAGGAAAAUAUAGAGAGGACCAUUCAGAUCCAGGAAGCGCUUAUGCCGAUGAUGUGAAAAAGAUAAUUGAAGAGGCUCAGAAGAACGGCCGCAAGAUUGCAGCCUUUAUUGCUGAGUCCAUGCAGAGUUGCGGAGGACAAGUAAUUCCACCCACAGGCUAUUUCCAGAAAGUGGCAGACGCUGUCCACAAAGCAGGUGGAGUUUUCAUAGCUGAUGAAGUCCAAGUCGGUUUUGGUCGAGUUGGAAAAAAAUUCUGGGGAUUCCAGCUACAAGGCGAAGACUUUGUGCCUGACAUUGUCACUAUGGGGAAGCCAAUUGGCAAUGGCCAUCCCAUGUCUUGUGUAGUUACAACCAGAGAGAUUGCGGAAGCUUUUGGUGCCUCUGGACUGGAGUACUUCAAUACGUUUGGGGGCAACCCAGUGUCCUGUGCAAUUGGACUGGCUGUUUUGGACGUGAUAGAAAAAGAAGAUCUCCAAGGGAAUGCCACACGUGUUGGAAACUAUCUCACUGGACUACUGAAGGAACAAAGAAAGCAUCCACUGGUGGGAGAUGUCAGAGGUGUUGGUUUGUUUGUUGGAGUGGAUCUUGUGAAGGAUCGACAAAAGAGAACGCCUGCCACUGCUGAGGCCCAGCAUAUUAUCUACAAGCUGAAAGAACAGAGGAUUCUUCUGAGUGCUGAUGGACCUUAUCGAAACAUCUUGAAAUUUAAGCCACCCAUGUGCUUCACUAUGGAAGAUGCAAAGUUUGUAGUUGAUCAGAUUGAUGAGAUCCUCACAGAUUUAGAAGAUUCAACAAUAAACAGGACCAGAGAUGAAUUACCAACAAGUGUACAGAGUAAAAGAAAAAUGCCCACAGAUGGGAGCUCCCAGCUGGAAUGCAUCAACGAAAGCAUAAGCCAUAUCAAUGGAAGUGCCUGCAGACAAAAAAAAUGGAUUUUAUGCUGAAAACAACACAGUGCCUUGCAAAAGGAU